AUGUCUCUUCGCCCGAGCACAACCACCGUUGUGCGCAAGAAAUCGUACAAGACUGGAGUGGAGAUCAGGAAGAACAAGCGCGAGGACAAUUUGCUCAAGAAGAGAAGGGAAGGCUUGGCUCCGUCCCAGCAGCAACUGCUUGAUGGCACCCAAACCACCGUCGUUUUCCAGAAGACGGUAGUAUGGGCUCUAGGAAAUGUUGCUGGUGAUUCUCCUAGUUGCAGGGAUCUUGUUCUUGGACAAGGUGCACUAAUGCCACUGCUAGCUCAAUUAAAUGAACAUUCCAAGUUAUCCAUGGUGGGGAAUGCUACGUGGACUUUAUCAAACUUUUGUCGUGGCAAGCCAGCAACACCAUUUGAUCAGGUGAAGCCUGACUUACCAAUUCUUCGACAACUUAUUUACUUAAAUGAUGAAGAAGUCUUGACAGACGCUUGCUGGGCCCUAUCGUAUCUCUCAGAUGGUCCAAAUGACAAAAUUCAGGCUGUGAUUGAAGCAGGCGUCUGCCAGCGACUUGUGGACCUUCUGAUACACCUGGCUUCCAGAGGUUGUAUUAAACCGCUCUGUGAUCUUCUAAUCUGCCCAGAUCCAAGGAUUAUAACUGUAUGCCUUGAAGGUCCUGAGAACAUUCUGAAGGUGGGUGAGGCAGACAAAGAAAUGGGAAUGAAUGACGGGAUCAAUCUUUAUGCACAACUGGUCGAUGAAUGUGAAGGUUUGGAUAAGAUUGAUAAUCUGCAGACACAUGAUAACAGUGAGAUUUAUGAGAAGGCUGUGAAGAUCUUGGAGAGAGAUUGGGCUGAGGAAGAACUUGAUUACAAUUAUACACAUGACAUUAAUGUGAAAGUGCAUGAAGGAUUCCAAAGACAGUUUGAUGAAGAAUAUAAAAAGAAUGUUGUCAUAACUCAAGGACAAACAUACACUGUGCGACUUGUACAUUUCAAGAACCCAAUUGAUGAGCUAUAUGAGAGGUUGGAAAGAAAAAAUAGCCAGCGUGUUGUGCUCCCUGAAGUUAGAUAUCUAUCGUCAGUUCGAAUUGAAGAAAUUGGUGAGGCUCCUAUUUUGUGUGGUAAGAUAACACAGGAGUUGGUGAGAAAUUUACAAGAAAUAUAG